UCGUCGUCGUCGCCUGUCUCUUGGACCCAGAAGCAGGAAAUGACCGUUAACCGACGGAGUCAGUUAGCAAGUUAAAUGUGUGUAUUAGUGCGGAAUAAGCUACGACUAUGAGAGUGGACGCUAAAAUAGUUAUAAUAGGAUGCGGGAUAUCAGGUGUAUCAGCGGCACACAGGCUCGUUGAAGCUGGGUUUCAUCAUGUGCGGAUACUUGAAGCGAGCGCAAGAAGCGGGGGACGAAUAAAAACAGGCAGACUGGGUGAUAAUAUUGUUGAGAUCGGGGCAAACUGGAUUCAUGGACCGUCCAAUGAGAACCCAGUGUUUUGCCUGGCCCGUCAGUACGGGCUCCUGGAUCCAGAGGCCCUCAACCCAGAGAACCAGGCCGCGGACGUCGGAGGACAUCCCCCCUGGGUUCCCAACGUCUUCAGCAGUUCAGGUCGGAAGCUGACUGUUGAGGACAUCCAGCCUGCUAUAGAGAUGUUUGCUGAGCUGCUGAAUGAAAGUUCAGAAUUUCAGAGUCAAGGAGGAGAACCCUGGCCCUGUUUGGGAGAUUUCAUACGGUCAGAGGUGCAAAAACGAGCAGCAGAUAAGUGGAAAGAUAUUGAUGCAACCUCUAGAUCUCUGCAACUGUGUGUGAUCAGUAACAUGAUGAAGGUGGAGUGCUGUGUUAAUGGGUCUCACAGCAUGGAUGAGGUGGGCCUGGGGGCCUUUGGCCUGUACAAGACUCUACCUGGACUGGACUGCACAUUCCCAGGUGGUUAUGAAGGUCUAAUCAAAAACCUGAUGUUGGAGCUUCCCGGUGGUUUAGUGACCUACAAUCAGCCUGUGCGCUGUGUCCACUGGAGCAACACAGAGAAGAAAGAAAACCCUGUGAUGAUUGAGUGUGACACUGGGGAGAGGAUCGCUGCUGAUCAUGUUAUUGUCACUGUACCUCUAGGAUACCUUAAGAAGCACCACUCAGCCCUGUUCCGGCCUCCCCUCCCUCUACACAAGCUGCACUCCAUCCAGAGACUAGGUUUUGGGACAAACAACAAAAUAUUUGUGGAGUUUGAUUCGCCUUGGUGGGAUGCUGACUGUGAGGUCAUCCAUCUCGUGUGGGAAGAUGAGGAUGUCAUGGUGGACCAGGUGCCAGAUGUACAGAGAUCCUGGAUAAAGAAGUUGUUUGGCUUCACUGUGCUCAAACCCACUGAAAGGUAUGGCCAUGUUCUGUGCGGCUGGAUCGCUGGGCACGAGUCAGAGUAUAUGGAGACACUGUCUGAACAGGAGGUCACACACAGCAUCACACAACUCAUCCGCAGGUUUACCGGGAACCCUACAAUCACCCCAAGGAGAAUCCUGCGCUCCCAGUGGUUUCAAGACCCCUGGACAUGCGGAUCCUACAGUCACCCAGCAAUAGGCUGUUCAGCGCAGGACCUGGAGAACAUGAUGGAGCCUCUGCCCACAAAGGGAUCACAGUCACAGCCUCUGCAGGUGUUGUUUGCUGGAGAGGCUACUCAUCCCUGCUAUUACUCCACUGUCCAUGGAGCUGUCCUCACUGGGUGGAGAGAAGCUGAUCGACUCAUCUCUCACUACUCCUCCGUCAGUCCGUCAGAGCUGCCCAAGUCAAAACUUUAAAAGAACAAUGCUGCAAUGACAUAAAAAGAGAUGUAUAACUUUAUGGCAGGAAUUGUGAUUCUGAUAAUGAUGUUAUUUCAUUAAAUACAUUAAGGAUAAAGCUUUAAAUCAACUGA